AUUGGAAAUGUACGGUUUGUGAUCUUGAAAUUGUCGUGGCUAAGCUAAUUAGCAGCUAGCGUAUUUUGUAUUAGCUUACGUGCUUAGCAGGUAGAACAUCAACAACCAAAACGUCCUUUAGAGAAAUAGUGUGUUUUUUCUUCUAUUCACAAAUUCUCCGAUCCUGCAAAAUGAAGUUGGCUUAGGAUAGACUAUGGGGUGACAUUUAUCGUGUUGUUUUUGUGGCUCGAUUACCGUGUACACUUUUGUUUACCAGGCAAAGUGCUAAGUUAGGAGGAACGUAAGACAGGAUAAAGGAGCUGAGGUUAGCAGCGCUCCAAUGGCUAUACUGUGUUUGUUGUUAGCUAGCUAAUUAACAUAACCCGCUUCAUGUACUGUCUUUGAGUCACUAUUUUACAUAUGUAAAUGUAAGCUUUGCAUUGCGUAUAUGUCAGCGUUUUAUGGAGUUUGGACUUGGUGGCCACAGCAAACGGUCAUUUGACCUGCUAUGGACUUGGGCUAGCAUACUUAUUACACAAACCCAUUUUAGUAGACAAAGGUAUUGAGUGUAUGGUUGUAUUACUAUAGUGGAGUUAUAUCGAUAGAAGAAGCAUGCCUUAAUGCACUGGCGUUUUUAAGUAGCCUACUUGAUCCCAGUAAGUGUCAUAGCCAUCUGACCAGUUAAUGGGCAUCCAUUGUAAUUGAUAAGUUCAUAGGAUAUGUGGUUCCCUCUCUCACCAUUCAACAAGUGCACUCUGGUGCUUGCGUCCCUGCACCAAGGAAUUGAGCUUGCAUGGUUUUUUUUUUUGGGGGGGGGGACUCUGGAAUCAUAACAUUAGUUUUAGAUAAUGGAAAGUUGCCAUAUUAAUCUUGAAUAUUCUUACAGUUUGUUUGCUUCAUAAGUUUCAAACGAUGGUUAACCUAGACUAAAAAGUAGUGUUAAUUUGCUGUUUAAACCUCACAAGGCGGCGAUGAAAGCAAAAGAAGGAAUUUUGUUGCCACAUUGUUGCGCACAUGUCUCUUUAGACAUCCUUGUACGUAUUCCAGGGGAAAAAAAAAACACCCAGUUCUUAUUUUGGAUACAUCAUAUUGUUGUAUUAAGCUGAUUGGGAUAAAAAGAAAACACUGACCAACAUGGCAGUGUACAGCACCGUUUAUCCAAAACAGAUUGUUGUUUGGUUUUGCUCUUAACACCAAUGUCCUGUUCUGUCGUGUGUGUUUGAUAGCCACCAUGUAUGAUGAACUUACAAACACGCCAUGAGUUUCAGCAGAGGUAACAAUGUAGUAUGCUUCCAACAGUAGCAGAUUAGACAGGUUGUCGAGUGCAGUUCAUGUCCUCUGUUGCAGUAUUAUGAUUUAUGGGAGUUCAGAAGAAGGGAGUUCAGCUGAGGCACCGUAACAACUAAUUUAGUUCUAAAUCAGAAUAUCAAAAGAGCUUGGCCUUUGUUAGUCUAGACUGUUUGUUGUGAAGUGCUGCAAAUGUAAAGUUUGAGGUGACGAUGAUGGGUUAAAAUUGGAACCGUGACACAACUUUUACUCAGUUCGGGAAAUAAUAUGCUUGGCGGGCAGCAGCCUCAGAAACACUAUGGCAUCACAUCCUCAAUCAGCCUGGCCUUUCCCCGAGAAAUCGACCGCAUGUACACUCAGAAACUUGUAGAGGCCAUGAAACCUUUUGGAGUGUUUGAGGAUGAAGAUGAGCUUAAUCACAGACACCUCACAGGCUGUUUGUCAAUACUUGCAGUUCUUGGUAAACUGAAUUCAUUUGUUAAGGAGUGGAUUGCAGAGAUCAGUGAAUCAAAGAAUCUGCCACCUUCAGCUGUAGAAAAUGUUGGUGGUAAAAUCUUUACCUUCGGGUCUUAUAGACUGGGAGUGCACACAAAAGGUGCUGAUAUAGAUGCCUUAUGUGUGGCACCUCGCCAUGUUGAGAGGACUGAUUUUUUUACAUCCUUUUUUGAAAAACUUAAACAGCAUGAUGAGAUCAAGGACCUACGGGCUGUAGAGGAUGCAUUUGUACCAGUGAUCAAAUUCAAGUUUGAUGGGAUUGAGAUUGAUCUCCUUUUUGCAAGACUUGCUCUGCAAUCAAUCCCAGAUAACCUAGACCUUCGAGGAGAUGCGCUGCUCAGAAACCUGGAUAUUAGAUGCAUUCGCAGUUUAAAUGGUUGUCGCGUUACUGAUGAAAUCCUGUACUUGGUGCCCAACAAAGAGAACUUCAGACUUACUCUACGGGCCAUCAAACUGUGGGCUAAGCGUCGUGGAAUUUACUCCAACAUGCUUGGCUUCCUGGGUGGUGUGUCCUGGGCCAUGCUGGUGGCCAGAACCUGUCAGCUUUACCCAAAUGCUGUGGCUGCCACACUUGUACACAAAUUCUUCCUUGUCUUCUCUAAAUGGGAGUGGCCAAAUCCGGUCCUUUUAAAGCAACCCGAAGAUAGUAACUUGAAUCUGCCAGUCUGGGACCCGCGGGUAAACCCAUCAGACAGGUACCAUUUGAUGCCGAUUAUCACACCUGCAUAUCCCCAGCAGAAUUCUACCUACAACGUGUCCACCUCCACCCGCACCAUCAUGAGUGAAGAGUUUAAAUAUGGCCUUACUGUUACAGAUGAAAUCCUUCAGGGUAAGGCCGAAUGGUCCAAAUUGUUCGAGCCGCCAAACUUUUUUCAAAAGUACAAACAUUAUAUUGUGCUUACUGCCAGUGCAUCCACAGAGGAGAACCACCUAGAAUGGGUUGGGCUGGUUGAGUCAAAGAUUAGAGUUCUGGUUGGCAAUUUGGAGCGAAAUGAAUACAUCACUCUUGCUCACGUGAAUCCACAGUCUUUUCCCUGGUCAAAGGAGAGCCGUAAUGAAAAUGACUUUGUUUCAAUGUGGUUCAUUGGAAUCAUUUUCAAAAAGUUGGAGAAUGCUGACUGUGUGAACAUUGAUCUUACUUAUGACAUCCAGUCCUUUACAGACACUGUCUACAGGCAAGCCAGUAAUAUUAACAUGCUUAAGGAAGGGAUGACCAUUGAAGCCACACAUGUGAGGAAGAAGCAGCUGCAUCAAUACCUGCCUGCUGAGCUUGUACACAGAGGCAAGAAGAAGAGUUUGGGUGAUCUUAAUCGCAGUUCAAAUGGUGGUGGGUCUAAACGCUGUUCACUGGAUGGAAGUCAACUGGACAGUUCCAGAGACACAGAUACAGGCACCCCGUUCAGCUCUCCUACCCCAGUCACCAAAAGCUGCAAGUCUGCAUCCACACCUGACGACAGCAUUACCUCACCCAAGCCUUCAGUUCCCAUGUUUGUGGACAGCUCUCCAUCCUCUGAGUCAUCUCCUCCAAAGAAAGGGCCAGGAAUGUCGAUUCCAGUAAUUGGAGCUAAAUCAUCAGUCACCCAGGUGGUCAAGCCCACUGUGCCCGUUGCAGGUAGCACCAUUCCCACAGUAGUGGGCCGAAACGUGAUGCCGCGUAUGAGCCCACCCAACACCAGUUCAUCUGACCUGACCAACGGCCUCAAUGGAGCUGCACCUAAGAGGCCCCACUCGCCUUCAAUGGAAGAGCCACACAAGAAACUGAAAGAUACAGAGCAGGUGUUUUCUGAUGACUAUACAUUUAAAGAACCAUACCCACCUUCCUCAAAUGGACAGGAAACAGGAGAUGACCCAGCAGGGGAUGGUCAUGCGAUUACAAAGCCUAUGCCCAUUCCCACCAUUGAUACAUCAAGGACACAGAGACUUCCCAGUAAAGAACUGCCAGAUGCUUCCUCUCCAGUACCUACAAGCAACCUGCGUGUCAUUAAAAACUCAAUCAGACUCACUCUUAACCGAUAGCAGUGAGCUCUCCAGUGUAAUGGUAAUUUUGGCAGCCAUUCCAGGAUUUUUCCUUUUUUCCUUUUCUUUUCAUCUUAAUUUACCAUCAGUCAGACUGUCUGCUUGGAGGCUACUUGAGAGAGCCAGACCCUGUGGACAGCAUCAGUGCUUUUAUUUUCAGGCUGCCACAGGUGCUCAUCUGAUCUUCCUUGAGACAUUGUAAAACAUUAUCAGUAUAAAGUAUUAGAUCAUGUUCUUUUUAUAUAUAUACUGCCUCAAUGUGUCAAAAAACUUGCUAAGUGGACACCUAUCUGAGCGUGUUUUGAAAUGUAACUUGUACAGUAGAUGUAGUUUGUAUAUAAUGUCUUUAAAGUCAUUGUUAAUCUUUCUAUACCAUUCUAUUGUAGUUUUUACUAACAAAAAAAAAAGUUUAAAAAAAAUGUGUUUUGUGUAAA